AUGCUCGCAAGCCUCCCAGCUCGACCGCCGACUCCGCCAAAGCACGACCGCAAAGUGGACAGUGGGGACGUCUCUGACGCUUUGGAGUUUCUCGAAGACAGCUUCGAAGUAGAGAAUACCGCUACGUUCAGCAAGCUUCUGGCUGCUGACCUCGCCGUUGACACGCCGGAACACACCCCGUCUUCGUCGGCUGAGCCUGGGAAUCUCGAUUCUGGUAAAGGGAGCAAGAGGGUCGGCUUCUCUCCAUGGACACGCUAUCACAAUUCACCCACAGGCCUCCAAGUUACACCGACGGCCAGAGAACAGAAGCCUCUCAAGUCCAUCCUGAAACUGCGCACUCCUUUAUCAGCCGCACAAAAUACCAUGUCUAGUCCGAAGAGCCGGAUACUUUGCUCAGCUCGCAGGUUCAACUCCUUUGAGGAGAUGCUUGAGGCUGCUGUGGAUCAGUUGGGCUGGGACUCGAGGGAAGCUCGGCUCGAUGCGUACAUGACGCUUUUAAGGGGCCUGAAAGCAUUCGCAGAUACGCUUAGCGUCGCUGGCUUCCAAGAACAAAUUAGCUGUCUGGCACAGUCUAUCAGAAGAGAUGGAAAGACCAAGAACUCCCUUACAGACCCGCUGGACGCACAGCUCUGUGGACAAGCUCUCAAGCUUUUAGCCGCGCUUCUACGGAUUCCCGCUCUCGCAGCAAGCUUCAACGCUGACUUCUGCCGCUACACCGUCGAACAGUCAGUUAGCGCGCUAAUGGACCCGACCACUCCGAAGUCAAUCACCACAAAUCUCCUGACUGUCCUUGCUUAUCAGAGCUUUGGGCCGAAAAUUCUCACCACAGAUCGUGUAGAGAGGUUGCUCUCCGCAUUACAUGACCUUGAUAGCCGCGUCAAAGGCAAUAGUAUUAUUGGAGGCAGACUCUUUCUCUACCGCCGCUUAGUCGAACAGUCACGUAGCGUAAUGCUGGCGAAGAUGUCUGACUGGAUCGAGCAUGUCUUCCAUGGAAUGCUUAGCAGUGUUAAAGACGUCAGGACUCACGCUAUCGAGACUGGUAUUGUCGCAGGCACAAGUCUCGGCUCUAGCAGCAGGGCUUCGCAGGCGGUCACUGACUUGCUCGACCGAGAAUCUGAGGAUGGAGUGACGUACGGUGAUUUCAUGGCGUCGCGCCUGAAGAAGGUUCUUGACGUCAAGACGGCCAAGGGGUGUCAAGAUGCAAUCACAGAGGCAUCAGACAGUCAAAGCGUUCCGAGAAUAUGGACCGUUGUGUUUCUUUUCCAUAAAGGCAAAAGGCAACACUUGCAACAUUGGCGUCCGCUGAAAACUUGGCUUGAGCUUAUCCAGGCUUGCUUCAACCAUUCGGAUCCGCAUACCAAGGCACAGGCCGUUAUCGCUUGGAAUCGCCUAGUGUAUGUGGUUUUACCAGGUCCUUCGACUGACCGUCACCUGCUCCAAACCCUGCGACAUCCGGUUGUGAGCCACCUGGAGCGUGCCAAGCAUGUUCAGCGUCCCCAGAGAGCCCGAAAGGCGGCAAUGUCUAUAUAUAGCAACCUCCUCUACUACGCAUUUCGUCCACAGUCUUCACGUGAGCAUCUGGACCUGUGCUGGGAUGAGUACGUGUUCCAAAUUCUGAUCAAAUUGGUGAACACAAAAGAAGCCAACUUCGCAUGCCAAAUCCUCGCAGCUCUGCUGGGCAGUCAAGCGAGAACAUGGAACGAGGAAAGGGCCACCACGGCUGCCUCAGUCACGCUUGACGAGUUACCCAGGGUUGAUCCAAGCUGGGUCCGUCAACACACUGCGGCCAUACUGGAACUCAUUGGACCGUGCCUCAACAAUGCCACUUGGGACUCAGACCCAUCCGCGGAGAGCUCAGUACGGAAGCUGUGGGUAUCUCUCAUGGAAUCCCUUGGUGAAGCUGGAAGAAAAGAAGUAAAGGCGUCAAUGGAACUGAAGGAGACUAUCGCACAUAUCAUUAACCUGCUACGGCGAAUCUGGACGACGUAUCCAACGUCCUUAGGCGGUCACACCGCUCAAGAGACGAAGUGGGUAUCGAGGUUCGAGUUUAUGGUUCGAGUUGCGAUUGAAAAGCUAGGUGCAAUGCACUUUGCUUACAACGUGCUGGCCCGAACUUCCAGUGAGGAUUUCGAGGCAGCACCCACUCCUUCCCAUCGCUCUCGUCGUACCACGCUGCAGUCGCCUGUCCUACAUUUGCUCAGUUUGAUCUCCACUAGGUCAUUUUCCGGCUUGGACGAAGUCUCCGGCCUCUCACUAACGCGUUCAAUUCUGGUUCCCUGCUUAGAGGUUAAACCCACUGUACUCCAGAAGCUGGAACUUCUCAAGGAGUGUGCAACCUUGUUUUCGAAUUCAGGAAAGGAAGGAGUUGAAGGUGGAUCAAACCAGUGGUUAUACCGACUCGCGAUUGAGCUCUCAGAGUCUAUCAUCAAAAACAGCCAGCUACUUCCAGCUGCAGAGCAGGUCCUGCGAGCCUUGCGCGAUGUUGUCGAGGUCCAGUUGGCGAGCUCACCUGACGAAGAUGGACCCGCCAUCGAUGCAACGAAGCCACCUGCGUUGUCGCCGAUACCACGCUCUGUACCACGCCUCACUGUCCCGCAGCCAGUUAUGUCGUCCCCUACCCGCCGUGCGGGCUCAUCUACAAGGACUGGAGUCUCACCUCGUCUCACGCCGAGAAGCCGGCUCCGUCACGAAGAUUCUCAGGUUCACUUUAUCGCCAUAGCGUCUACUCCACCUCGAGAACCCGACUCUCAGCUACUGACCGAGCACCAGAAAGAAGUCAAGGCCAAGCAAUUGGAGAGUACAGCUGCCAUGUUCCGCAACAUCGGCUCCAGCCCGGUGAAAAAAUCUCCGGCUUCUCCGCGCACGCCGACUCGAUCUUUCAUAAUGAGCUCAGAGGCUUCUGUGCCACGCAGGACGUGGGACGGAGCAAAUACGCCCUUGGCAUCUCCCCUUCCUGUAGAUGCGGUCGAAGGCUUUCUUGGUUCUUCGCCAACACCGAUCUCGGCCCGAAAACGUCGUCAACCACUGGAUACUGGUGGCGACAGCACUGUAGCCCAUGAAACGGUUGUCAACGAGCAAAACAUAAUUCAGGGGGCCGCACCGGGAGAACUUGAAGAAGUUGAUAACGAGGGAGAUCUCGGAGCAUCGGAAGACCCACCGUCGUCGCCUCCGCAAAUGGAGGAUCUCAGUAACAACGAUGACAGCAUAGUGGCACGGUGUGCGGUUGCCGACGACCAAGACGAGGCUCAAGACGCCACGUCAGUAGAUAUUCGAGAUGUUGAUGGUGGUGCGCAUCCUGAAGAAAACAACGAGGGUGAUGACCUUGACGAGGCUACCGAUGCGUUCGAAGAGAGGAUAGUUGCUGUAUCCAAUCUUGAACCGGAGCUCGAUGAACUCCCUAGUUCUGUUGCCGACGUACAAUCGACUGCCCAGCUCGCUGGCGAGAUGCAGGCGUACGCCAAACGAAGCCCUGCCGGAAACGAUGCUACACCGGACCAGGCGACUACUCACUAUGCAAAAGUAGUCCAUGCUCCUCAAACCCAGCCACCGGCUUCUGGCAGCACCACCGUAGAAGUUGAGGAAGAGGACCUGGAAGAUCUAUAUCGUUCCGCUCUGCAUGUACCCGCCGGCCAACGUAGCAAGCUGCAGCAGUCAUCCAACGGCAAUAUUAGUCGCGUGGAAAAUUCCUUUGCCUACCACGGACCAACGGACGACGUCGACACCACUCGAGCCCAACGAGAACUGCUGGAACCUUCUCACGUGUCCCCAACACGCUCUUCACUGGCCAACAAAGAGACGCCACGGAACAGCAAGAAACGGAAGAGCAUCACGCCAUCUUCUGGCAAGAGCUCGAAGCGGCAGAAGAAGCAGUCACCACUUAAGCGGCUCUUCACAUCUGCAUUAAGCCAGAUCACUGGCAGGCGGACUGAUGAACAAGGAGACGAAGAUAUGCUCGAUGAGAUCGUCGUCGCCAGCCAGCCAGCUGACAGCAUAACCUCUUGGUCAUUCUCCUCAAAUACCAAGUUCGAGCCAGGCAUCUCACCCAAAAAGCCUAUGGAGUCCCACCUCGCCCCUCCGCCCGCUUCAUCUGAGCCUGGCCAAGCAUCAAAUCCGUCCAGCCCGACCAGCCAGCCCAGCGAACCAACCUCUAACCCAAGCAAGAAACGUCCUAGACGAUCGGCGACCGCAUCCGAACGUACCCCAUCCGUCCUUGCAGGCAACGAGACAGUCAUAGAGGACACGCCAGCGCCCCGCAAGCGGCGCCGCACGGCCUCCGUCAACAGGACGACCACCCCCCACAGGACAAGAGCGUCAUCGGAAACCAGCGCCAUCACCCGUUCGCUACCACGAACACUCAGCCACGUCGAGAUUCCUAGCAGCCGUCCUUCGAGCCAGCUGGAUACAACACGGGACAGCGACGAGCGCGAUGUAGAGGAGCCAACUGAGCCUGACAGCGAGCCUGACAGCGAGCCUGACAGCGAGCCUGUCGAAGCCGCAGGGGACGGCGCUGCUGCAGGACCCGAGAUCGAUACAAGAAAAAAGGCCGAGCCGAAGGGCAUCAUAGAGAGGCUGAGGCAGAUAGCGGCGGAUCUACGGGAUGCGAUGCUAGGGUCGCAGGAGGAGCGGGAGCUUGAUGAUGUGUUGUUUGAGGUUAGACAGAACGUGCAUGAGGCGGGACGGAGGACGCGUGGGAGAUGA